CCCAAAUAAACGCAUUACGUCAUAGUAAAUAAUAAUCUUAACACAUGGGUUUAAGAUUUGCGAUACAAAAUGAAACAUUGCGCUACACAACAGUCAACAUAUCCUGUAGAUAAUAAGAAUGAAGUAAGGAAACUCUAUGCGUGUGGGUGCGAUAGCCGACUGGGAACGAUGGAGCUGCAGAAUUGACUAAAAACCAGAAGAUUCCUUGGAAACAAACGUUGGCUUCAUAGUGUAAUCAUUAAAUUUAAGUCUGUGAUAAAAUAGAAUCCUAAAGUAAUUAGAAAAUGAAGUACCAAAUUUUAGUUGCAUUUAUCUUAACAUGUACCUGUAUCGUUAGUUUCGCCGAAGAAAGUUCGGAAGAUUUGUAUAAAUUGCUGGAAAUACCUAGAGAUGCAAACGCUAAGGAUAUACGAAAAGCGUUUAAAAAGCUUGCCGUAAAAUUACAUCCCGAUAAAAAUCAAGAUGAUCCCGAUGCGGAUGCUAAAUUUGCCAAAUUCGCACGCGCCUACGAGAUUUUGAAAGACCCGGAAUCACGAAAGCAAUACGAUUUAUUUGGUGAUGUUGGUGAUAAGUCGCAUAAACAGAAGUAUCAAAGCUACACGUAUUAUCGUGAUCAAUUUGGUAUUUACGACGAUGAUCCUCUUAUAAUCACACUGACACGUAGUGAUUAUGAGUUGAAUGUAUUGGAUACAAGUCAGAAUUGGUUUGUAAACUUUUAUUCUGCUCAGUGCCAUCACUGCCACGAAUUGGCUCCAAUUUGGAGGAAAUUGUCCAUUGAGCUUGAAGGGGUUUUACGUAUUGCGGCUGUGAAUUGUGAAGAAGAUUGGGCAUUAUGUAGACAGCUUGGUAUCAUGUCCUAUCCAACCUUGUUAUACUAUGAGAAAGAUGCUACUUUAUAUCAAGGUGAAAAAUACCAAGGUGAAAGAACUGUAGAAGACCUACAAAACUAUGUACUCGGUCGGCUAAAUAUGGAUGCUCAAACUAUUUCACCAAGCGAUUGGGAUCACGAAGGUUUUCGUAAAAAAUCAUGGUUGUUACUUUUAUGUCCAGAAGACUGCAGUUCGUGUCCAGAACCGGAGACGAUUCAGAAAUUGGCUGCCAUUUUUGAAGGAUUGAUAUCUGUUGGUAUCAUCCGCGAUACCAAAUUAGCAAACAAUAUACACAAAAAUUAUAAAGCACAACCGAUAGUAUUUUGGGAAGUCAAAGAAGACGAAGGUAGUUUAGACAAAUCGACUAGCAGUGCCGAGAUUCACAGUAUUGAAGCGUCGGAUACAAAAGAGAUUGUCACAAAAGUACUGGGUCUACUUCCUGAACCUCAAUUUCUGAAUGAAGAAUCAUUUAAAGAUAUUCGUACACAAUUACGUUUAGGAUCUGAAGACUCGUGGCUUAUCUGUUUUCAUUUGGGCGCCGCGACUGAUCUCAAUUUACAAUGGAAACGAAUUCCAACUUGGCUGCCCAAUAUGAAGCUAGGUUUAAUACAUUGUGGACGAAGUGCUGCCCUUUGUGCGAGUCUUCACGUAUCACAUUAUCCCGCCUGGGGGGUUCUCAAGCAAAUGGGCGCCUUUGAGCUCUAUACCGGGCGUGACAUAUUACAUGAAAUUGUAGCUUUUGCUCGAGAAAGUAGUCGAUCCACAAAUUUACAUGCGCUGUCUCCAGCCGAAUUUUAUAGUAUAAUAAAGGAAGGAGGAGCUUGGUUUAUCGAUUGGUAUGCACCAUGGUGCCCGCCGUGUAAAAAGUUGUUACCAGAAAUGAGGAAGGCUAGUCAACAUUUCCAACCAGAAAGUGUUCAGUUUGGAACAAUCGACUGCACUCUACAUUCAAGUUUAUGUUCCUAUGAGGGUAUAAGAGCGUACCCCACCACUAGGUUUUACAAUCGCAGCAAAAUACAUCACUUUCACGGGGUUCCUAAUGAACAGGGUAUUGUCGAGUUUGUCGAAAACAUGUUACAUCCCAGUGUCACAACUUUAGAUGAAGAUUCUUUUAUACAAGUACAGAGAAAAUCUGAAGACGAACUGUGGAUUGUCGAUUUUUACGCACCCUGGUGUGCUCCUUGCCAGAGGCUAAUGCCACAGAUGCACGCUUUGGCAAAACAGCUAUCUAAUUUUGAAUUUGUGAGAAUUGGGCAGGUAGAUUGUACCACAGAGUUCAACAUUUGCAAUGCUCAAAAUAUAAAAAGUUAUCCUACCAUCCGUUUGUAUCCUCUAGGAAGCAAAGGUUUAAACACUGUGGCGAUGUACAAUGGGCAUUUCGAUGUCAUGUCUUUAAAGAAGUGGGUACUCAGUUUCAUGCCUGGGACUGUAGUAAAACCGUUGGGUGAACAUAAAUUUCACAAAGCUGUUUUAUCUAAUCAUGAUCAUUACAAACCCUGGCUGGUUGAUUUCUAUGCGCCUUGGUGUGGGCACUGUGUGCAUUUCGAGCCUGAAUUUCUCUUAAUUGCCAAGACAUUAGAUGGAAGAGUUAAGUGUGGCAAGGUAAACUGUCAAGACGAACACAAGUUGUGCCAAGAAGUACAUGUCCAUCAGUAUCCAACUGUUUACCUAUAUUUAUCUCCAAAUGAAAGACACGAAAUAACGUCACAAGUUGCUGCAGAUGUUGUACGGGAAGUAAAUUCAAUACUUACCCGCAAAUUUAGGGAUGAAUUAUAAGUGAAAUAAUUUAAUUUUUAUUUAUUUCUGUUCUUAACUGUAAUAAAACCAAAAACUACUUUUAAUAUACUUACCUAUUUUACAGUACCUACUCACUGAAUGCUUUUAAACCUAAGAAGAAAAUUUGUAUGAUGUUACUGAAACAAAUACUAAUUUAAUACAUUUAUAUUUCUACAUA